AUGUUCACUAAACAGACUCUCUUAGCCUUCAUUGGCACCCUGUCUUUGGCCUCUGCCAGAACCAUUCCUGCCUCCGAUGACGUUCCCAGUUUGGCGGAGGUUGAGGCUGCCGCCGCUACGGUGGUCCCCUACUCUCCCGUUUCCAACGUGAAGGGCCUGGCAUUUGAUCGCUUCCACCAGAUUUGGUUCGAGAAUCAAGGCUAUCAAACCACUGCCGACGACAGCAACUUUGCAAAGAUCGCGAAGGAGGGUAUUCUCCUGACAAACUACUUUGCCACUACCCACCCCUCGCAACCCAACUAUGUUGCAUCUGCUGCCGGUGACAACUUUGGCAUGGACAAUGACGAUUUCCACCAAAUCCCGGCCAAUGUGUCUACCAUCGCCGAUCUGCUCGAUACUAAGAGGAUCGCAUGGGGCCAGUACCAGGAGGCUCUCCCGUACGCUGGUUAUCAAGGUUAUAACUUCUCUAACCAGAAGACUUAUGCCAAUGAUUACAUGCGUAAGCAUGAUCCUCUCAUCAUUUUCGACUCUAUCACCAAUGACGAUCUCCGUCCCCGUCAAAUCAAGAACUUCUCUUCGUUCUACGAGGACCUCAAGCAUGAACGCCUCCCCCAGUACUCCUUCAUCACCCCUAACAUGACAAACGAUUGCCACGAUACCAACAUCACUGUGGGUGGAAAUUUCCUUGCUGAUUUCCUCCCCCCUCUCCUUAAAAACGAGUAUUUCGCCAAGGACACUUUGGUUUUGAUUACUUUCGAUGAGAACAACUCCAUCGGGGAGAACCGUGUCUACAGUAUUCUUGUGGGUGGUGCUAUCCCUGAACACCUUAAGGGAACUACCGAUGACACUUUCUACACCCACUACUCCAUCAUUGCUUCUCUUAGUGCCAACUGGGGCCUUCCCUCUCUUGGCCGCUGGGAUUGCGGUGCCAACAUUCUUAAGCUUGUUGCUGAGAAGACCGGCUAUGUCAACUGGGAGGUUGACACCUCCGCUGUCAAGAAUCUGCUCAAUGAGACCUACCCUGGCCCCUUGUCUGAAAAUAUCUACUCCAAAUACGAGCCAUUCUGGCCCAUCCCUACCACCUCCGAUCGGUGUACUGCUGGUCAUGGUGUCGUGGAUAUUGUCAAGGAUACCUACAACCGUCGCCAGCCGACCUUCAACUAUAUCAGCCCUGUGCCUUAUGACGCACGCAGUGGUUACAACACCGGCAUCAAGUACUGGCGUACUAAGGACGGAAAGAAGGAGACUGGUAUUACGAACUAA